AUGACCUCCAGGAAUUCCCCCGUGGAGGAGCCACAGCGCCGUCAGCGUGGGGAUAAAGAUGCCGUGGAGGAGCGGCCUCUUGUUUGGGUGAAGGUAAGGCCGUUGCCAUGGCAGCCAGACUCUCACAACAGAGAGCGAGAAGAGAGAGAGCCGCCUGUCAGCCGCUGGUUUCCAUCCCAGUUUAAAGUCUAUGAAGACUAUCUGGACUCCAGACUCACACUAAUGGAUUUAUUUGACCUAAAGAGCGGGGGUCCGGCUCGUUCCCUGGUGGAUCUGAGACUCAGGAGCUCGGUCCUGAAUGGAGACGAUGAGUCUGAGGAGAAGAGAGCAGGCGGAGCUGUGAGGAGCAACCGGAGCAGAACAAAGACACUGGCAAGUGGAGGAAAAGAACUCAAAGAUAACUUCCUGAGAGCGCUGGCAGAGCGGGAGGAGGCCAACCGCAGCGGGAAAAUCACU